UACACAGUAGUUGAAGUAAUCCAACAUGGCGUUUACGUCGCUCGCCUGAGAGUACAGUUGGAUCUGCUUUAAGUUCAGGUAGUUUAGGUCGAUUUCAGUCGGGCAGAGUACAUUUUAAGUAGAUUAGUGUGUGUGAGCUGCAAAUAUCUGCUUUCGGAAAUGAAAGGUAAAGAGCGAUCGCCGGUAAAGAAACGCUCGCGGGCGCCAGAUGAGAGCAGAGACCGAGGAGGAAGCUACCCGAGCAGCAAGAAGACCGGAGCUCUGCUGACUGUCGGCAGCAACGCGGGAAACGGCUCUUCGCAGUCCAGGAGGAGCUUACACGGCGACAAAAGAGACAUGAGGGACUCGGACGGACAUUUUUCAUCCAGCCGGGCUGGCAGCGGCUACGACUACGGAGUAGUUUCCGGGAGCAAACCGCACGGUGGCGCUGACAUCGCCGCGGAAGCGUCCAGGACCGGCUCACGGAGCGACCUGCGGCCUCCGCCAAACCCCGAGAGUGAGUACAAGACUCUGAAAAUAAGCGGACUCGGCUCCCAGCUGAACGACGAGGAAAUAGAGGACGGGCUGUUUCACGAGUUUAAGAAGUUUGGGGACGUGAGCGUCAAAAUUAGCAGAGAAAACGACGAGAGGGUGGCGUUUGUGAACUUCCGGAGGCCCGAUGACGCUCGGGCGGCCAAACACGCCCGCGGCAAACUGGUGCUAUACGACCGGCCUCUGAAGAUAGAGACCGUCUACCUAAGCAAACGUAGAAGCCGCUCCCCUGUCACUGGUUUCCCCCCAGGACAUAGACAUCCUCACUCUCAGAGGCCUCUCUCCCCCACCAGUAUGGGGUACAGGGACUACAGGCUCCAGCAGCUGGCUCUGGGCCGUCUCCCCCAUCCUCCCCCACCACCUCACCUCAGAGACCUGGACAGAGACAGAGACUUUUCAUUGUACGAACCCAGAAAUAGACCUCCGUUCGUCCCGGACUGUGCUGUUGUGCGCGACGAGGACCUGCUCGCCCCCGAGGACGACCAGAGGGCAAACAGGACGUUGUUUUUGGGGAAUCUGGACGUUGCUGUGACGGAGAGUGACCUCAGGAGGGCCUUCGACAGGUUCGGAGUGAUUACAGAGGUGGCCAUAAAGCGAGCGGCGAGAGGCCAGACCAACACCUACGGCUUCAUCAAGUUUGAGAACCUUGACAUGGCCCACCGUGCCAAAGUGGCCAUGUCGGGGAAAGUGGUGGGCCACAGCCCCAUUAAAAUCGGAUACGGUAAGCCCACGCCCACGACCAGGCUGUGGGUGGGGGGGCUUGGACCCUGGGUUCCCCUCGCCGCGCUGGCCAAAGAGUUCGACCGCUUUGGCACCAUCAGGACUAUAGACUACAGGAAAGGUGAGGCGUGGGCUUACAUCCAGUAUGAAAGCCUGGACGCUGCUCAGGCUGCUUGUACUCAUAUGAGAGGUUUCCCUCUCGGCGGUCCAGACAGGAGACUCAGGGUGGACUUCGCAGACACGGAGCAUCGCUACCAGCAGCAGCAGUACGUGCAGCUCCCCCUUCCCCUGCCGCACUAUGACCUGGUCCCAGAGCCCUUCGCCCACCGCCUCACUGAUCCGGUGAGACUGAGGGACCGGUCCCCUCCUCUUCCAGCUCGCUUCAGAGACCGGGAACUCUACUCCAACGCCGAAUGGCCCGGCCUGGGUGUACACGACAGGAUGCGAGGGGCAGGCUUUGAUCCCAUAGAACGUCUGGAGAGGCGUCCCCACGAGAGCUGGCCGAUAGAGCGCGAGCGGGAGCUGCAAGGCAGAGACGCAGGCCGCAAAAGGAGACAUUUAGACGACGGCUGGCGGCAGGAGCGCUCGCCCGACGACAGCGACUUUGUGCGGCGCCACGCCAGCUCUCUGGAGCGCAGCCCCGGAGGCAGCAGCCGAGACGGUGGACGCUACAGCGACCCGGAGCGUCUUCCCCGCUCCGGCAGAACCUCCCCUGUCAGGGAGCGACAGAACAACCGGGACCCUGGGUUUGCAGAAAAGAGGAGAAGAACUCUCAGCCCAUCUGAGCCGGGCUCAGAGAAGGGCCGCAAACAAAAGGCCAGAGACUCGUCUAAGAGCCCAGCAAAGAAAGAGGACCGUCCCUCCUCUAACGCCGCCCCCUCCAAGCCCGGCCAGCAGUCCAACUCGGCCGCGGACGGAGAGAAGCUGAGUCAGGUCUGGCAGGGGGUCCUCCUGCUCAAGAACAGCAGCUUUCCCACCUCACUGCACCUGCUGGAAGGGGACAUGAGGGUGGCGACCAGCCUGCUGGUGAGGGGCUCCACGGGAGGGAAGGUGCCCCAGCUGAAGAUCAGCCAGCGCCUGCGUCUGGACCAGCCGAAGCUGGACGAGGUCUCCCGCCGCAUCAAGGCCGCCGGCUCCAGCGGGUACUCCAUCCUCCUCGCCAUGCCCGGGAAGCUGGAGGACAGCGGAGCCCAGGACGGCGGCAACUCCACCGAGAGGCCUCUGAAGAACCUGGUCUCCUACCUGAAGCAGAAGGAGGCGGCCGGCAUCAUCAGCCUCCCCGUCGGGGGCAGCCGCGACAAGGACCACGGGGGAGUCCUUCACGCUUUCCCACCGUGCGAAUUCUCCCAGCAGUUCGUGGAUCCCUCCGCCAAAGCCUUUGUCAAAUCAGAGGACGACUACAUGGUGAUGGUCAUUAUCAGAGGAGCAUCAUGAAAAAAAAAAAAAAAGCAUCGAAUUGUACAUGUUCACACAAAUGUUGAAUUGUGAGAUGUAAAGACAUGGAGAAGUAAUGAUAACAAUGCAAUACGGGAGGAAAUGACCAGGCUCUGCAUGCAGCACCUUUUCAUCUCCUCCUGUUGAAGGUUUAUAGAAAUCAAAGUCACUCUGAAGUUGUUAAAUUUGAUUCGUAAGUGCAGGUUACAUGUUGCCUUCUGCUAUUCGGUUACCAGAAAAAUGCACAUCUCUUGAAGGGUACUGUUGGAAAACGAGUUCUGAGCAAGCUACAGCUCAGUGAAUCAAAGCUAUAUGUUGCCUUAUGUCGUGUAAAAACAAACACAGUAAUUUUCAUCUUCCCAUCCAUCGCCUGCUUAAAACGAAAAAUAAUUUAAAAUCCAAACCAGAGUAUUUAUCCCUAGAGGUUUAAUUUGGGCGGCAUCAGUGACAUCAGAGUAGCGAUAGUUGGGGAGUCAGGCUGUGAACGAACUAAAUCUAACUAAUGUACAUUGUAAUUUUCUCUAGAUUAAGGACGUAUAUGUGUUUGCUCAGCAGCUUUAUCCUUUAAUAGACAUGUCCCACGUGUGUUUUUCUUUCCCGUUCAAAGAUUCAUAAGAACAUCUGAGCCAGUUCUGCUUAAAACUGCAGAAAAUUCUAGAUACAAAAGUGUUGUAUAAGUUCUGGCACUUUGUUGUUCAGACGUUGACAUUAACAAGAGUGAAGCUGAUGACGUUAUCGAUGCUCUUUUCUGAGCCACAUCUCCGGGUCACGUGACCGUUCAAGGUGAAUUUAAAGCAGCGUUGUUGUUUUUUGGGGGAGGUGUUUUCACAUUUUUCAGAAAGCGCCGGUCCCAGCGGCACCAAUGUGGGGAGGAUGGACACAAGCAGCAGGCUCUUUGCUUUAUAUUUCAUGAUGCUAACUAAGGCUGCAACUGUUUCUACUAUCAACUGUUGAAGGAUAUUUUUUUGAUUAAUCUUCACUCUUUGAAAACAGCAGAAAAAAAAAAAAAACAGCCGUUGUGACUUUCCGAUGCGUGGGUCCUCAAAUUGGAUUUUUUUUAUCAGAACCGACUGAACAAAAAAGUUUAUGAAGCGAGUUUUUGUCGUAGGUCUUUUAUUUUGAUUGGCAAUAUGCUGGACGGGGUCGCUUUUUGUGUCCAUUCCUCCUGUGUAGUAUUUUUAUUGACUGAACCGUUGUUGUUUAACCAGAGUCUUCUCUAUUGUUAUAAUCCACUAAUUACAAUUACUACCCCAACAGAGCAUGUACUGUCAAAAAAAAAAAGAAAAAAGAUGUAACUGCUAUAUUUACAUAUAGACCAUGCUCAUCUCUUUUACCUGACGGGAGUCCAUGAGUAGGAAAUAUUGUCGGUGGACUUGUUCGACACAAACAUUGAGGAGAGGGGAGGAGGCUGCACUCCUGCGGUCUAACACGCUUUCUUCUGAAAGAACUCUUUAUGGUUGUUUUUCAUGCUUUGAUUUGUGUUUCAAAUGGAAAAAAAAAAAAAGAUUUGUGCUGUAUACUCAGGAUAUCUGGAGAGAGAAAUGGAGAACAUCAGUGCUCAUGGGCCUAAGAAGUUAUACCUAACUGUCAGAAAAAACACACAAAGUGCAGCAUGCACUUGAUAGAUCUUGUCUUAAUAAAUUUACUCUUUCGUUGGAAACACGAGUGCCUCGGAAGACAACUUUUGUGACCUUUUCUGUUCUUGGAAUUGUCUAUCACCCCUAAAGGCUUUCACUUUGACAGCAGGAGCCUUCCCGGCUGAAAGGAGAGGAGAGGUGUGAGAAUCCAGGGGAUCCUCUCAGUUCUGUGUUUUCGUUGUUGCUCGACAUUUGUUGAAUGACCUCUUUUGUGAAGAGCUUUUCCGUGCGGCCUCCGUUUCAAAUAGAAAUUUGGCCAUUCUAGAGUACCUUUCCAGCCCUUCUGCUAAGGCAAAUGUAGAGUCGCCGCGUCCUCGGAUGCGCGGCUCGUUCCUCGCUCGCCUCCGUUUGAGCGGGGGGUGCGGCCGAGGACCCGAAGAGUCUGCCGCACCGGGGGCCGUCUCCACCAGACAUCCUCUCGGCGGGGGAGCACAUUUGAUCGUCUUUCUUUUUUUUUUUUUUCCCCCCCAUCUGGCUCCAGCCGGUGCAGAGAAUAUUGGUUCAGCGUCUGCAGAAGUUCGUUUGUGUAGUUGCUUAUUGUUCUUUCGUUGGAGAUUUGGAGGAGGUCGUCUCUGUGAUAGGGCCAGACCUCACGUGUGUGUCUCAGCCUGUGACGAAGAAGAAGCUGAGACAGGCGACGGCUUCUUUACGUACCAGAAAUCGUGGAAAAGGAAGCACCACAGAAGACAAAAGUAGAGUCCUGUGCAGGGAAUCCUAAUCUUUACUUGAUGUGUUGGUCUCAUUUAUGUACUUAAAAGAAAGAUUCUGUGCCAAAACUGCAUAUGAAAGCAAAGCGACAAGUAUCCGGCCGUCAGAAACGGCUGCACGGCGCUGCCCGUCGUCAUCGCUACGUCCUGGCUGCCGUCCAAGCCGAAGGGACCGGAGCAGCUGUCCUGCAGCCCCAGGCCUCCACGCAGAGCUGUGCGUUCGACUCCAGGUUCCCAGAGCCGUGAGUCUCCCUCUGGCUACACCUGCUGCUGGUCCACAGGUAAUGUAUUUAGACGGCCUCAGCAUCACGACCAGGUACGUAUUGUUAUGUCACCGCUACCUACGUGUGAUGCACUUUGCUCAAAAGCUGGUGAAGGUGAGGAGGUGAAAUAAAUUGACGAAAACGUCCGUGUUCAGUAGAUUGGAGUCAGUUCAUAAAUGUUGUGCAAUUAUAAUUUGUAUUGGGCUCAAAAGAGGAAAAAAACUUCAUUGUUUUGAAGAUCUGUAAAGAACAAGCAAUUUAUUGUAAAAUAAAUAAAUAAAAAAAUACAAUGUAAGUAGGUUUUUACAGAGGUAACAAGUACUUUAUCCUUCAUGGAAUCAAGGACUGAUGUAAUGUUGAUAUUUGAGGUGGUGCUAGUUUGACGUGCUUCGAAUGAACUGAUACUGCAACACGCAGUAUCUCUCGCUUUUACAGUUAAAGUAACAUAAACGAAGUAUUUGUGGUGCUGCAGACAGGCCCCGGCCUUCACACACUAUUCUCCAGACUGAAGUCAACAUGCUUUAACUGUAAAAGAUGGCUAAACAUACCAGAUUGUGUGACUCCUAUUGUGGUGUUUGUCAAACAAAUAUAUUAUUUUAAUGAGCUGAUAGAGGGUUUUCUUUUAGCUUGGCUAGCUUAAUGUAUAGUUGUGGAAGCAGAAGUAUUAAGUGGGGCUAGCAAGUAAAAAUAGCAGUAGCUAAUGACUGACUGAAGACACUUGGUUUCAAUCAGCAGUGAGUGUCAGAUUUAAUAGAAAUGGCCACUGUCUGUCAACAUAUACCAAAGCAACAAACAGGGAAGUAAAGGAGAAAGUUUUCUAAAAUAUUUAAGUCAGAAUCUGAACUUCAUCAUUAAUUCCUAGGGGGAAGUUUGGAUUUGUCACAAUUACUCCAAUAAACAAAAAUACAACAACAGAGUUAUAUAUAAAAACGAAUGAAUAAGACUGCGGACAACAAGACAAACACAUAAGACAAACACAUAAGUAAAACUAAAGAAACCAGUCACUAUACCCUGUAGCGCUGUGUUUAUUAUCACAUUAAGGGAGGAAUUCUGAAGUUGAAAAGAUAACACAGUAAAUAUUUAGUUUGUUCUAUUCAUCAUACAGUUUUCUUUAAUCUAAACGACUGAUUGAUUUGAGCUGAAAAAAAAAAGAAAAGAACACCUCUGUCUUUUAUCUCCUAAUAAAACCCACACACCUACCAGCAGCAUAAACGGAGAAGUCUUUAGUAGGAGGUUGGUGUUUGGGGCCCUCGUCUGAACUGGAGCAGGUUCAGGUUCAGUUCAAUGGGCAGUGAAGUAGCUUCGUCCAGGAUAAGCUGAGUGUAUUUACACUGCAUUUCCUUUAGCUCGGCAAAAAAAUGACUCAGGCCUUCAGUGGAAAAACUAUCUUGAAGACCGUGAACAAAGAAAAACUCAAUCCAAUAAAUGAAACAGAAACAUUAUGCUUUUGUUUUUCUUUAUUCAAGAGCUUUUAGAUUUAUACACAUCUGUUAUCAUUGUGCAACAAUAACAGCAACUAACAGUUUGUGUUGAGAUUCAGCUCACAGACAGAUGUCCUGACCGUUUAUUUUAGGAUUCUCCGGUAUAAUUCAGAAUUCAUUAACUCAUUAUUAUUUGGAGUUUGUUCAUUCUAUAAAAUGAACCGAUAUUACAUAUCUUACAUUUGCACCUCACAAAGCACAAUUUCCAGACCAGAUUAGAGUCCCUCUGUUCACAAGUGUGAACACAAUUAGAUUUAGCUCAAUUAGGUGUCAGCGCGCUGCUUCGUUUUGUUUAAAAAACAUUCUGGGAGUUGUCGCAGUCUGUUCUUCACAAGAUAUGUUGGUGGAAGUGUGAUGGCUCAGACAAAUAGGAUUCAUUUUUAAUGUGGAAAAGUCUGAGGGGUGUAAAUACACUAUGAUUUAUUAUCAGUGAAGAAGACAGCGGGGGUUUGCAGGUAUGUAAACUUAGUGUUCCAAACCUGACAUACCAGACUGUGUGAAUACAAAUAGGGAAGACAGGAAUGUGCUGCAUGUGAGGAGGACUUAGGAAUCUGGCCUCUUUAGAUCUGCUCCCUCACUGAUACACGAGCUUUACUAUAGUUACUGACUCAUCUCAUCUCGUCUCAUCUUCUACUACCACUUAUCCUCACUAGGGUUACUGGCGUCUAUCCUAGGUGUCAUCGGGCGAGAGGAGGGGUCCACCCUGGACGGGUCACCUGCACCUACUUCCAAGAAACACGAUGUGGUCAAGCCUGUAGUAUAUGGAACAACCGUAUUAGAGUGAAGCGAAGCUGUAUCAAGCUGUGUCAUGCCCU